UUGUCUGCAUUCGGCCCACACUCAUCUCCAAAGCAACAUGAAUCUGGUUCCGAUGAUUCUGGCCGUAGCAGUGGCCCUAACAUGCCUGGCGAGCUGGACCACCGCCAUGCCUGACCCUGACCCCGUAGCUUUCCCUGACCCCGUGGCUGACGCUGACCCUCAAUUUGGAGCACGUGGCUUCGGAUUUGGGGGUCGUGGGGGCUAUGGAUACGGAGGUCGUGGAGGCUAUGGAUACGGAGGUCGUGGAGGCUAUGGAUACGGAGGUCGUGGCAGCUAUGGAUUCGGAGGUCGUGGAUAUGGAUAUGGGGGUCGUUAUGGCUAUGGACGUGGCGGCUACUACGGAUAAUCGACCUCCUGACAUCACGCUCUUCGAUUUCACAUGACAAAUCACCAACUGAUGUCUGUUGUUUAUUGAGAACAGGUUUAAGUGCAACUGCUAAGGAAAAGUGGGUACUGUUAUUUAGAAUUUGAAUAAGUACUAAAUAAAUGUGUACUGCUUUUUA